UGAGUGUGUAAUUACACAAUAUUUGGGACUUUCUGCGCCUACCAGACUUGGAAUUUUCUAGUCAUUUCAACUGACCUGUUGCACUCAAUCACAGCCGUUACUUAAUCUCUUCCACACAUCCUAACCGUUGAUUCUCCUUUUGCCCGACCUACACGACCUGUCAACUAAAAAAUCUUACAAAAGGCCCAUCUUCAAACUUUCCCGGAAAAUCCCUAGAAACCUCCAAUGAACCAUCCACGACCAAAUCAUUCUCUCUAUUAAAAAUUAUAUAAGCAUUUUUGAUGUCUCUUCUUACCACUCAAAUAGAUGAAGAGAUGGCGAGCUUAAGCACGAGCUUGCUCGGAAUAAGACGAGGGUCAAGUAACAAGAAUAAGGCAGAAGAUAAGACCAAAAACGCAGUGUUUUGCAAGAAGCAUCCAAAGCAUAGACAAUCACCUGGUGUUUGUUCUCUUUGUCUUAACGAGAGGCUCUCUCUUUUUAUCAAAGCAGCUUCUUCACGUAGACCAAGAUCUCGUCAAAUCUUGUGUUCUUCUUCCUCAACUACUUCCUCUCUUUCUUCUUACGGUUCUUCUUCUGUGUCUUCUUGUCCUUCUCCUCUUGUUGAACGCCGAAGAUACUUGGUAGUGUCCGGAGGCAGCGGUAGAGGAGAGAAAGUGAUUUCGUGGAUGACGAAAAGCCGAUCUGUAGCUUAUAAAGUGGAUGAUGAGAAAAGAAAGAAGAAGAAGAAGAAGACAAAGACGAAAAGUGGUUUCUUUUUUGGUUUUGUAAUGGGCUCAAGAAGGGACGAUAAGAGAGUGUUGUAGAUUCGUUAGAUUAGAUUGUUCUUGAUUGUGUAUUUUAUGAUGCGUUCUUGAUUCUUUCAUUUUGGAUUGAUUGCUACAUAUAGAUGACUAGAUCAGUUUGGAAUUUUGGGUACGUGAAAGUGAGAGAGAUUCUCUUUUAACAACGAUAUAUGAGAAAGAGAAA